AUGAAAACAGCUACUCUAGAGAUACAUGCAGGAGACAUUGUAGAGGCAUACGAGGCUGCUGCACAGCUAGACACCUGCUCCACCAGCCCUCUAGAUCCCGCACUCUUCCUAGACCGCGUGCUUGAGAACACUCUAAGAGUGGAAAGUGAUGAGUGCAGCACUGAGGAGAAGAAGGCUGUGCUCGGCAUAGUCAGACACGACAUGUACCAGUACUUUGCAUACAAUCUAGAGGCAGCACACAUUGCAUCUGAUUUAUACACAGCCCUUGAAACCCAAGACAGAAGACUGAUCAGAUCUAAAGCCAUUCGUCUGGUCAAUGAGCUCAUAAAGCCAAACACCCUCAUAUACCGCCCAGAACACGGGAUACACAGACAGGUUGACAAAAACGAGCCCCUGGAAGAGAUAGACCCUGGUAUUGAUAGUAUUAGCCUAAGCACCAGAAUAUACACUCUGAAGGUUGGCAGUGAAGACUCUUCCAUGUGCCUAGAGAGUGUGCUGCAGCUCACCGCAGAGAGCAUGGGCAGAGAGUUCUUCUCCCACCUCACCCGUCUCCUCGCCUCAGACCACAUGCACAUGGACAGGUUCAGAGAGUGCACUCAGAUAGAAGAGAGCUACACUAUAGACGAGCUGUACACCUUUCCAGACGAGAACAGGAGAGUGCCUCUCGUGGACUACGGGCUGAUGCUCAUCCACGAAAAAUACUUUGAAAUUAAGGAAAUACUAAAAAAGAUCGAAGCAGGAGAACCCUCCCCAGGCAGCAGCUCAGAGAUAGGCGCACAAAUAAGAGAAAUAUUUGACCCUGCAGAGCUGGUACUAGUUGUGUCCAUCAGUGAGCAUCUGAAGAGCAUUGCCGUAGAAAAGACUGCACAGAAAAGAGUGCUCAGCGCAGUAGAGUACAUGGCAGACAGCACAGAUCUUCUGCAGGGAGCAGACGGAUCAAUGGUAUUAAAGAUACGCCCGGACUUGGGCAUCUUCUGUGAAGAGUACAUACGCACCAGUGCAGAUGCGAACACCGGCCUGGAGAAGAGAGUGAACGAGAGACUCGACAGACUGGAUGAGCAGAUAAAAACAAAGACUCUGGCUCUAGCACAGUUAGCAGAAAAGCACAAAGAUGAAGAGAAGGAUCAAAGGAUGAAUAGCCCAGUCUGUGAGGUCAAUGCCCUGAACAACAAGGUAUAUCUCCUGCGGUGCGAGAGAAGAAAAGAGUACCUGCAGUACAACAACAUUGAUAGACUUGUGCCUGUCUUGCAGUCUUUCUUCCCCGGCAUAAGCCCAGUCCAGAAACAGCACGUAGUCAGAAAGAUAGAGGAGUUUGCAGAACUAAAAAAGAUAAAAGUAGUGGAAGAAGAAGUGUCAAGUGAAGCAGAGAAAUAA